GUGUUCAUUUAUUUAGUAAAGUCCGAACGGUUCAGUCCGUGUAAAUUUCAAAAUUAUUGUUUUUAUUUGUUUGUCCUUUAUCCGUAUUCGGUGGCCUUCCAAAAUGAAAAACAAUAUGGACGACGACAAACUCUUCAAUCCAUUCUAUAUUGGGCCCCACCCAAGCAAGGCAUGCGCCGUUCCCGAAAUUCCGCCUCGUCAAUGCUCGCCGGACUGUACAGCUCCGAAAGUUGCCGGUCCUAGCGCUGUUGGAUCGGGAAGUGCUGGUAAAGGAGUCGGUGGUCAGGGUACCGCCGGAAAUGGAAGUCUUGGUGCAGCGGCACCUGCGUCCAAUAGCAUAAAUCUGGCGACACCCUGCGCUCCGUAUCCUUGCUAUGAUCGCAGCAAGUAGCAUAGAUGCGGAUCAAAAGACACAACAAAUAUCUUAAUUAUCGCUCAAUUAUAAAUAAACUAAGUUCAAACUAA